UCGCUGCGAGGAUGAAGGCGAAGGUGGCCUCCCGCGCCGGCGGCGACAGGCUCGCAGUGAAGAAGGGCAAGGCCGAGAAGGACCCCAACAAGCCCAAGCGGCCCCCGAGCGCCUUCUUCGUCUUCAUGGAGGGCUUCAGGAAGGAGUACAAGGAGAAGAACCCCAACAACAAGCAGGUCUCCGUGGUUGGCAAGGCCGGUGGUGAGAAGUGGAAGUCCCUGACCGAUGCUAUAAGUUAACCCCCCCCCCCCCAUGCCCCACCUCUCCAAGUGCUGGAUUCGGUGUUGCUCUCCAUCUCAACUCACUGCUAUGCGAUUUUAAUUG